CUAUGGUCUCUAUUCUGAGCUUCAAUGCAAUAGAAUCCACAUACGCCCUUUAUUGACAGACUGUGCAUGAAAGGAUCUCGCUUGACUCAUCACUCAUAAUACCCAGUUUCUCGCUACUACUAUAAGAGAGGUAUCUCACAAACCUCCAAAUCCAAAGAGAAAUCCCAAUAUCAAUUUCCCCGCAGGAAACACCUUCACGUUUCAUCCCCUCACCACGUGCAAGUCAAGUGCUUAAUCAAAAUGGUCAAAAUAGAACCAUUCGAAAUCGAACAAGUAAGAUCCAAGCCCUCGUCCCAUAGAAACUCGCUUAUGAUAUCUCACAGUGGAUGGAUAAAUACGAAGUAACCCCAAACGUCCUCAACCUAGCCGAAACCUGCGCCGCCUCCAUCUCCAUCAACGACCUCACCCUCCUCUGCGAAGACCCCAACAUCCCCCACCCCCUCGACCUCUCCCGCAAACUGACCUAUGGAGAAAUCCGAGGCUCCACGGCUCUCCGAGACCGCCUCUCCUCCCUCUACUCCGCCAAAACAGCAAGUCCCCUUUCCACCUCCAACAUCUUAAUCACGCCUGGCGCCAUAUCCGCAAACUUCCUACUGCUGUAUACCCUCAUCAGCCCGGGCGAUCAUGUAGUCUGUAUGCACCCAACCUACCAACAACUCUACACCGUCCCCUCCAGUCUCGGCGCCACAGUCUCACUAUGGAAGCUCCGACGGGAGCAGAAAUACGUUCCUGACGUGGACGACCUCAAGUCCUUGGUAAAAGAAAACACCAAAAUGAUAAUCAUCAAUAACCCCAACAACCCAACCGGUGCCAUAACCCCCAAAUCCGUCCUGACCGCCCUCGUAGAAUUCGCCAAAGAACGCGAUAUCAUCAUCUUGUCAGAUGAAGUCUACCGGCCCUUAUUCCACGGAAUCGGACCCAUGGAUGCGGAUUUCCCGCCGUCGAUCUUAUCAAUGGGCUACGAAAAGGCCAUCUGUACGGGUUCGAUGUCGAAAGCGUACUCGUUGGCUGGUAUUAGGGUAGGUUGGAUUGCAGCUCGCGAUCCGGAGAUUAUCGAGGCGUGUGCGGCAGCUAGAGAUUAUACUACCAUUUCGGUUUCUCAACUAGAUGAUCAGAUUGCUACAUAUGCCAUGUCCGGAUCCGUCAUGCACGCAUUACUGGGUCGGAAUAUCGCCCUAGCAAAGAGGAAUGUAGCUCUUCUGGAGAAAUUCAUUGAUAAACAUAGUCACAUUUGCUCGUGGGUUAAGCCGGUAGCUGGAAGCACUGCUCUCGUCAAAUUCGCGAAGAAUGGAAUGGUGGUGGAUGAUGUGCAGUUUUGUAAGGAUUUGAUUGAGAAUACUAAAGUCAUGUUUGUGCCUGCUUCAAAGUGCUUUGGGGAGGAGUUCAAGGGCUCGGUUAGGAUUGGGUUUUGUUGUGAGACGGUGAUUUUGGAGGAGGGGUUGAGGAAACUGGGAGAGUAUAUUCGGGCGACGUUGGUAUGAAGGUAGUCAAUUCAUAGCUACCGAAUCUAAGAACUUCA